UUUCGACAUCGCCCAAACAUCACCAGGCUGGAGGUCAUCGAUGAGUUGCACACUCCUAGCUAAGCAGACGUAAAGGCAGCUAUACCUGGUAGGCAAGACAGCAGAUUCGACCAUGAUACUUCAAAGUCGACCGAUAUAAACCCCGGCCAACUCCAUAACGAUACUUCUACAACAAACAAAACCAACAACAAUAACAAAACGACACCACAAUCAAAAUGUCAGGCUUAGUCUCUCGCACAGUCCUCACGUUCCAGCACAAUGCCAAACUCUACAGUCUACCCACCUCGGUGCUGGCUGUCACUCCCUUUCCUUCCUUAGCAGAAGCCGACCGACAACUAUUCAAGUCCGCGCCAGACGAUGACUCGCUCGUCGUCGUCGUCACCAAAGAAACGAUCUUCCACCCGCAGGGCGGCGGCCAGCCUUCAGAUACAGGCUCCAUGUCCUCGUCGUCGUCUGGGAACAUUUUCUCGGUGCACGCGGUCCGCAUGUCGGCCACAGAUGAAGGCCGCGUCCUCCAUCUCGGCCGUUUUCGUUCCGCAGACUCGACAUCGACAACAAAGCCGGCGCCAUCAUUCGCCCUCGACGAACCCGUCACACAGAACCUCGACGUCGACAAGCGUGUUUUAUAUUCGCGGCUCCACACGGCCGGGCAUGUUCUGGGCGCGGCUGUCCGACAUCUGCUCGAAAGCCAGGUGCCAGGCUUCGACGAGCUCAAAGCGAGCCAUUUCCCGGAUAGUGCCGCGUGUGAAUUUGCCGGCCUGAUUGAGGGAAAGUGGAAAGACGAGAUCCAAGCCAAGGUAGACGAGUACGUCGCCGCCGCGAUGCCCGUUGAAGUGGAUUUCUGGACCGACGAGGACUUCAGGGCCAAUGGCCUCGAACGGCUCAUUCCCAACGGCGAGGGCGUCAAGCUUGCACCCGGUGAGAAGUAUCGUGUCGUCAAGAUUGUCGGUGCAGAGGUAUAUCCUUGUGGUGGCACGCAUGUCGACACCACCGAGCAGUGUGGCAAGGUCGGCGUGAGGAAGAUUAGCAGGAGUAAAGGGACGAGUCGAGUGUCUUACAAUGUCAGUUAGACAAAAGGUCUAGAAUCUCAAUGGAGAGGAGAGGGCUUUUCAUGGCCAUCGCAUUUCUAUUUGUCUGAAUAGACGAAGCUCCGUCAUCUCCGGAAGCUCGACUAGACCUCCCUUGACUUAAGUAGAAUUUAAUUUAGAGCAUCCACAUCUACGUGAAGAAGAG